AUGGCGCAUUAUGAAGUCAGAGCACAAGCACUUGCAAAUGUGUUGAGAAGGAAUAAUCCAGUUGGUUCUUUCCCUUCCGUAGCCAAGAAUGAAUUACUUUAUGACAAAUGCAACAAGCUGAAAGGAAAAUGCAAAAGAUCAUGCUUAAAGAGUGAGGAAAUUGUCGCUUUCUGCCCGAAGUCUCAAAAAUGCUGCCUGAAAAUUGAGCCCUGUGAGCUGAGUGAAGACAGCUUUGACAGCUAGGGCUUCGGGUGCCAGGGACACGCGGUGGCCUGGAGCUUCUCGGUGCUCUGCGGGAAGCAAGUGCUUCAAUAAAAAUUGAUGACUUUUCAGUGAGUUUGUCCAUGCUUUGUUUCAAUUGGAAAACAGGUCUGUCGAAACCCGAGAAGCCUCCUUCCUGCUCUAUUUUUUUUUUUUUAUAAUUUUGGGAUGACAUAACUUUUCCUAUGAUAACUAACUUUCUCUAUAAAGGACUAGAAAUAAAUUAGGAAAAUAAUACCAUUCGUCAUGGCACUAACAAAAUUAACUAUUAAAUAUCCAAGGGUCUGCUGUGCGGGACCUGUCCCCGGGCU